AUGGAGAGUAAAUACAACCUCAAGAGUCCUGCGGUGAAGAGGUUGAUGAAAGAGGCUGCAGAAUUGAGAGAUCCCACAGAACACUACCAUGCCCAGCCACUGGAAGAUAACCUGUUUGAAUGGCACUUCUCGGUCCGAGGACCACCAGAUUCCGAUUUUGAUGGUGGGAUUUACCAUGGCAGGAUUCUUCUACCCCCAGAGUAUCCGAUGAAGCCUCCCAGCAUUAUUCUCCUCACACCAAAUGGAAGAUUCGAAGUUGGGAAGAAGAUCUGUCUGAGUAUAUCGGGUCACCAUCCAGAGACAUGGCAGCCUUCAUGGAGCAUACGAACUGCUCUAAUUGCCAUAAUUGGAUUUAUGCCAACAAAAGGAGAGGGUGCGAUAGGAUCUCUUGAUUAUACUCCAGAAGAGCGAAGGGUACUUGCCAAAAAGUCUCAGGAUUUUUGCUGUGAGACGUGUAACUGUUCAUUGAGCUCAACACUCCUGCCUCUCAACCCCAACAGUGACAUCAGCCUAGAGGACCAAAUGGCAAAUGAGCUAGCUCACCAAAUUAACUUCAAGACAGAGUCAAAUUUAUCAAGUAAAAUGGCAAGUGAGGGUGAAGAUGCCGGCGCUGAGGUUUCCGAUCUUACCCCGGAACAAAGUGUCUCUAAUUCUUCAAGCCGCGAAGCUGUUGAGAGCUCUCUGACGGAGCAGGUAGGUACAGAAACUUCGACAGCCACCGGAGCGGAUAGGGAGCGGUCUUCAAACGACGAUCGUCCUCACAGCCCCACGCGGCGUCGUGCCAUACUUCACCAAAGAGACAAUAACCAAGCUCCGAACAGGCCACGCUUGAUCGCAGAGGUUCACCAGCCCCAAAACGACGGCCACACGGGCUCGGCCGUGCUCAUAGUGGUGCUCACUUUGGCGCUGGCUGCGCUUAUUUUCCGUCGGAUCUUUCUGGCUCAUGACUACAAGUUUGAGUAUGAACUGUAA